CUAACAAAUAUAAAUAGAAACAAUUUUGCUCGUAUAUUAUUGAAAAUUUGGUAAAAAAAGAAGAGAAAACAAAAUGCUUACCGCUUGUCCCGAGGAGCUGCCCAAUCCGCACAAGAAUUGCCUGCGGGAGAUGCUAAACACGAUGAUUUGCAACGAUCAGGAUGUGAAGCGUUUGAAUACACAAUUGAGAAAUCUGCAGCUGGAACUCAAGGAGGAGCUAAGAAAAAUUGAGAAGGCCAAUGAGAAGUGUGGCGAGGCACAGCCGAAGUUAGGCAUGAAACGUUUAUGCGACCCAGACGAGGACCUAUCGGAGUUCACAAAGCGAAUCAUCAAUCUGGACGAAGUGAAGCACUUCUACUCUAAGCGCUCUGAGGAAAUCCGUAAGCGACGGGACAGUAUCAUCAUGUAUGGCAGGCAGUGCCUGCAGGCCUACAAUGAGGAGAAGUGCAAAUUUAAGUCCUUCCAUGAGAACACUGUGGACUAUAUUAAGCGCACGGCAACCUUGUCUCAGGAUCAGGCGGUUAUAACACGCUGCGAACGCGACAUUUGCGAGAUGCACAAGAGAUUCGUCAGGGAGGUGGCCAAUCUGAAACACUGCGAGGAGCAAUUGCAGCCAUUCUUCAAGCUGUUGAAAGAUUCUGAUCCGAACGUCUAUUGCGAGUGCUGUUGCUUAAAGGACUACGAAUGGAUGCCCCAGGGCAAAAACAUGGAAGCCGUCGAUGCCACCGGCAAAGAAUUUAAGGAGAAGAUGGGCAAGACCUUGGUCGGCGCCUUCGCCCAGCUGCAUCUGCACAUGCCGCAGGAUAUGUAUGGGUUUAUAGCCGGCUAUCUUAUGAAUGUGGAACGCAAUGAGCACGAGGUCAAGGAGAAACUCGAUCUAUUUCAGGACCAUGAAGUUGUCGAAACCAAGGAAUUGCCGGAUCCGACGUAUCGUUGUGACACCGAAUGUCCUAAGAAAUAAUUUCUCAUUUCAAUUUCAAUUAAAAUUAAUUUGUUAAAAGCGGAUAUAUAUAAUCGAAUUCAAU